AAAGCCUUUGGUUGUGAUGUGGGGCUUCAGUGGAACCUUUGCUGCCACUGACAGAAGAGGGAAAAGGAGCAGAGAUGGGCUAUCAGUUCUACUUCUCCGCUGAAACAUGGACUCUCCUGGUCGCCUUUAUCACACUAUUAUUUGUGUAUGCUUUGUGGCCAUAUAACACCUUUAAGAAAAUGGGCAUCCCUGGUCCCAAACCAGUCCCUUUUUUUGGCACUAUGCUGGCAUAUAGAAAGGGGUUCAUAACCUUCGAUGAAAACUGCUUUAAGAAGUAUGGGAAAACGUGGGGCAUUUUUGAUGGCCGUCAGCCCGUACUAUGUAUGACAGAUCCUGCCAUGAUUAAAGCUGUUCUAGUAAAGGAGUGUUACUCUCUCUUCACCAACCGCAGAAACUUCUAUCUGAAUGGACCCCUGUAUGAUGCUGUGACUGUCGCUGAGGAUGAGCAGUGGAGGAGGAUCCGCAGCAUUCUCUCUCCUUCCUUCACUUCAGGGAGACUGAAAGAGAUGUUUGACAUCAUGAAGCACCACUCUGCUAACCUGAUCAGUGGCAUGAAAAAGAAAGCCGAUAAGGAUGAACCCUUAGAGCUGAAGGAGUUCUUUGGACCCUACAGUAUGGAUGUAGUAACCAGCACAGCUUUCAGUGUCGACAUCGACUCGCUUAACAACCCCUCAGACCCGUUCGUCUCUAACAUCAAGAAGAUGCUGAAGUUUGACCUUUUCAGCCCACUCUUCCUCAUUAUUGCUUUCUUUCCUUUUAUGGGCCCGGUAUUCCAAAAAUUGGAGUAUUCCUUUUUCCCCACAUCUGUAACUGACUUCUUUUAUGCUGCGCUGCAAAAGAUUAAGACUAACCGAGAGACCACAAAGCAAAAGACUCGAGUGGAUUUCCUUCAGCUGAUGAUUGACUCUCAGAAGGACAAUGACCCCAGUGGAGCAGUGCAUGAAAAAGGUUUGAGUGAUCAUGAGAUCCUUUCUCAAGCAAUGAUUUUCCUCUUCGCUGGUUAUGAAACAACCAGCAGCUCUCUCACUUUCUUGUCUUACAAUCUGGCCCUAAACCCUCACAUUAUGACGCGGCUGCAGCAGGAGAUCGACUCCACCUUCCCUAACAAGACUCCUGUGGAGUACCAGGCUCUGAUGCAGAUGGAAUAUCUAGACAGCGUCAUCAACGAGUCUCUCCGAUUGUACCCCAUUGCUUCUCGUCUGGAGCGCAUUGCCAAGUCAUCCAUGGAGAUAAAUGGCCUUGUGAUACCAAAAGGGAUGAUUGUUAUGAUACCCACAUGGCCCCUGCACCGGGACCCCGCGAUUUGGCCCGAACCGGAAGAGUUUAAACCUGAGAGGUUCAGUAAGGAAAACAAGGAGCGUAUUGAUCCAUACACGUACAUGCCUUUCGGGGCCGGGCCAAGGAACUGUAUCGGGAUGCGGUUUGCUCUGGUUCUGAUGAAACUAGCAGUGGUGGAGAUCCUCCAGAAGUACAGCUUCUCUGUGUGCAAGGAGACCGAGGUCCCAUUUGAGUUUGAUGUAAUGGGCCUGCUGGCGCCAAAACGGCCCAUCAAACUCAAGCUGGUGCCACGGCCAGAGGCUGCAGUCUCAAACAAACAUGCUGAAAGUUAAUCCUUCAGUUGUUUUGUAAUCAUAUCUUUUAAUGUUGUUUACAGACAAAUGGUAAAAAAGAGACCUUUCCCUUUUCAGUCGUGGAAGGAAAGACAAUUCAAACAACUGCUGUAUAUAGUAACAUUUAUAGGUUAUACUGUAGUACAUUCUCUAUUGAAUUUCUUUGGCAACUUUAGCUUCUACGUUUUCUGUGAAAUCCAAUUAAUACUGCAACAUUUGAACUGCAAAUAAAUCAUAAAGCUGCAUCAAAUAUGUAUUUGAUUAAAUUAAUCUGUAUUGAUUCCUGGGGGAAAUUCACAAGCUACAAAGAAGUUCUUCCACCACCUUCAUUAAAAAAAAAAAGAAGUUGUUAUCCUU